UCCAUGGAGAAACAAAACCCGGUUCCACAACCCCACAGCGAAUUUUCCUCCUCUUCCACUGGAUUCCGAACCGCCGAACCGGAUGAAAAGUAGGGGUUCUGCGCAUACAGAUUGGCAGACUUCGAGAAAUGGAGCCUGCCUUCGGGGAGGUCAACCAGCUGGGGGGUGUUUUUGUCAACGGCAGACCGCUACCCAACGCCAUCCGGAUCAGGAUUGUAGAACUGGCCCAGCUGGGCAUCAGACCCUGCGACAUCAGCCGGCAACUGCGGGUUUCCCACGGCUGCGUGAGCAAGAUCCUGGCCCGCUACAACGAGACGGGCUCCAUACUACCGGGGGCCAUAGGAGGCAGCAAGCCCCGGGUCACCACCCCCACCGUGGUCAGGCACAUUCGGACGUACAAGCAGAGAGACCCGGGCAUUUUCGCGUGGGAAAUCCGGGAUAAGUUGCUCGCUGACGGCGUGUGCGACAAAUUCAACCUGCCCUCGGUCAGCUCCAUCAGCAGGAUUCUUCGCAACAAGAUCGGAACCCUGUCACAGCUCGGUCACAGAGAGUCCAGUAAGGAGGCAGCCCACGUCCCCACGCAGCCACCCCUCCCCUGCAACCACAUCUACUCGUACCCGACCUCCAUAAGUGGCAGGAAAGUGCCAAGCCCACCCGUCGUGCCCACCCUCCCCGGACACAUGGCUGUGCACAGGAUUUGGCCAUCCUCCCAUUCAGUCACCGACAUCUUGGGCAUUCGGUCCAUAACAGAACAAUCAAUUGGCGAAGGGCCCCAGGUGCACAGCUCCAGACUGGGGGAAUGGACCACCAUAAACAGGAUCAAUUUCUCCACGUCGAGCUCGCCUCGUGCCAGUGACGUGGACAAACCGCACGUGGAGCCAGACACGAAAUACGCGCAGGUACAGAUGCCAAAUGGAUUGUCGAGGGUGGGCAGCUGUGUCAGAAUGCCAAAUCUCCCUUCAUACCAUCCUCCCACACAAGCAUCGUCCUACAUGGGGUACAGCGCCUCUUCGUCAAGCUACGUGGCCGGGCCCAUAUGGCAGCCACCAAGCAGUGGUGCACUCUCUCCACAUGGCUGCGACAUCACUUCUGCACUAUCCUUAAAGAGCAUGUCUGAUUCCAGUGAAAACAGCCACCGGGUAACAACUUCAGUAUUGUAAUUGUGCGCUUGGCCAUAUUGGAGGACAAGAGAGACAGACAUAGUGCAACAUGGGCUUUAAAUUCCUCUUAAAGAGCUACUUGUGCUUUGUUCAAAAGGCAAGAAUAGAACGCAUCUUGUUUCCACCACUCUUUGCACUCUGACAUGCUACAGUGUGACGCCUUGACGCUGCAUGUCUACAAGCAAGCAAC